UGUCUCUGCAAAAAGCAGGCACAAGAAGCCACCUCAGCUAGCAGUAUGUCUCGACGAAAGCAAGCUAAGCCCCAACAUCUCAAAUCCGACGAGGAGCUACAAGCUGAGGUGCUUCCCGAACAAGUGCCAGGAGAAGGAGCAGAUGAUGGUGAUAGUGGGAAUGAAAGCCGGAGUGGAAGUGAGGAAACAAACGUUUGUGAAAAAUGUUGUGCGGAAUUCUUCAAGUGGAGUGAUUUCUUGGAACACAAGAAGAAUUGCACUAAAAAUCCAUUGGUGCUCAUUGUGAAUGAAGAUGAAGCCACUCCAGCUCCUGAAGAAUUUGCAGAGCCUUCUCCUGCAAGCUCAUCUAGUGAUCAAGCAGACAGCGAGGCUGCUGAAGAAAGUAUUCAAGCUGAGAACAAUGAGGUCUGUGAGAUAAAGAAUACAGAAAAGGAAGAAGAACCCAUGGAGGUAGAACCCUCAGUAGAAAAAAGCUACUCCAAUCCAGGCACCUCUAGUACAGCUACGCCACUACCUCAAAUUAGCGAGCCACCUUCUUUGACAGGUUAUAACAUGCCAAACACUAACGUAACCUUAGAGACACUGUUGAGCACUAAAGUGGCAGUUGCACAAUUCUCACAGAGUGCAAGGUGUGCAGCUAAUGCCACCGCAGCGAGUGGGGUUACAGCAGUGGCCAUCCCGAUGAUUCUUGAGCAGUUGAUGGCCUUGCAACAACAGCAGAUUCACCAAUUGCAGCUGAUCGAACAGAUCCGGAGUCAAGUGGCAAUGAUGAACCGACAGCCAUUACGUCCCACUUUAAAUACGACUCCUUCCCAAAGCACUCCUGUGCAAGCCGCUAACCAACUCCAGGGAUUUGCAGCAAACUCUGCUCUUCAGUUAGCAGCAGUUGUUCCUCCUGCCAUAGUGGCCCAAGCCACUGGCAACCCACCAACUGCCUUUGAGAGUACUCAGCACAUAUCAAGGCCCACGUCAGGUGCAAGCACUCCUAACAUGUCAAGCAAUGGUUCUUCUAUCCCAAAUGAAACAAGCACACCAUCUUCCUCUAAUGUAAUUACUUCUUCAUUAACACCAGUUUCUGUGUCAAAUAUUACUAGCAGCUCUUCACAGCCCCCAAACCCUUCAACUCCACCUUCAGUAGGACCUGGAAAUCUCCUCGCCUCAACUUCCAGCCUGCCAAACCCACUUCUACCUCAGACUUCAUCCAGUAGUGUAAUUUUCCCCAAUCCACUGGUUAGCAUUGCUGCAACAGCUAAUGCAUUGGAUCCUCUCUCUGCUCUUAUGAAGCAUCGCAAAGGAAAGCCACCAAAUGUAUCUGUUUUUGAGCCUAAGACAAGUUCUGAGGAUCCUUUUUUUAAACAUAAAUGUAGAUUUUGUGCCAAGGUUUUUGGGAGUGAUAGCGCUCUACAGAUUCACCUGCGUUCACACACAGGAGAAAGACCUUUUAAGUGUAACAUUUGUGGCAAUCGGUUUUCUACAAAAGGCAAUCUGAAAGUUCAUUUUCAGAGACAUAAAGAAAAGUAUCCACAUAUUCAGAUGAAUCCAUAUCCAGUUCCAGAGUACCUCGACAAUGUUCCUACUUGUUCCGGAAUUCCAUAUGGGAUGUCAUUGCCACCUGAAAAACCAGUUACUACGUGGCUGGAUAGCAAGCCCGUUUUAUCAACUGUCCCGACUUCAAUUAGUCUGCAACUUCCCCCUACAAUACCAGGGGUAAACAGUUAUGGGGAUUCCCCAAGUAUUACUCCCAUGAACAGAUCGCCCCAGAGAACAUCCCCGGUGUCAAGUGAAUGCACUUCUUUAUCCCCAAGCCUAAACAAUUCUGAGUCCGGCAUCCCUUUUUCUGAAGAAUCCCCACAACCAAUUCAUGGUAGUUCAACCAUGACUAAAACUGAACCUGUCAAUAUUCCAGUAACAAAUGCAAGGCUAGGAGAUAUUUCUAUAAGUGGUCAGGUUUCUGUAGUACCCACAUCUACAGCCUCUAGUGCUGUUACCGAAAGCAGUAUUUCUACAAGCCUCCCAAACACUGUUCUUCCAGCAUUGUCUGACCAGUUCAAGGCUAAAUUUCCAUUUGGUGGUCUAUUGGACUCUAUGCAAACAUCAGAAACCUCAAAACUGCAACAACUAGUAGAAAACAUUGAUAAGAAGAUGACAGAUCCAAAUCAGUGUGUCAUUUGUCACCGUGUGCUCAGUUGUCAGAGUGCUCUCAAGAUGCAUUAUAGAACACAUACAGGAGAAAGACCAUUUAAAUGCAAAAUUUGUGGACGUGCAUUUACUACAAAAGGCAAUCUAAAAACACAUUUUGGAGUUCAUCGAGCGAAGCCACCACUUAGAGUACAGCAUUCAUGUCCCAUUUGUCAGAAGAAAUUUACAAAUGCUGUUGUUCUUCAGCAGCAUAUUCGUAUGCACAUGGGUGGGCAAAUUCCAAACACACCAUUACCAGAUGGCUUCCAAGAUGCAAUGGACUCAGAGCUUUCUUUUGAUGAAAAGAAUGCAGAGACACUGAGCAACUAUGAUGAUGAUAUUGAUGAAAAUUCUAUGGAGGAGGACAUCGAAUUAAAAGAUGAUAUAAGAGAUCCCACCAAACCACUUCUACCUUAUUCUGGAUCGUGUCCACCUUCCCCCCCAUCUGUAAUUUCUAGCAUUGCUGCUCUUGAGAAUCAAAUGAAAAUGAUUGAUUCUGUCAUGAACUGCCAACAGUUGACCAAUCUAAAAUCUUUAGAAAAUGGGUCAGGGGAAAGUGACCACUUAAGCAAUGAUUCCUCAUCAGCUGUUGGAGAUCUGGAAAGUCAGAGCGCAGGGAGUCCUGCCAUGUCAGAAUCAUCUUCAUCAAUGCAAGCUCUUUCUCCUGAAAAUAGCAACUGUGAAAGUUUUAGAUCUAAGUCUCCAGGCUUCAGUAACCAUGAAGAACCACAAGAAAUACAUUUAAAGACAGAAAAAUCUGACAGUCCCCCACCACCUCCUGUUGAAAAUGGAGGCGCACUGGAUCUGACCGCCACCAACCCCGGGAGGCCAGUCAUCAAAGAAGAAGUUCCUUUUAGCCUGCUGUUCCUGAACAGAGAACGCGGUCCCAGCCAAAGUACUCCUAGCCUGGUCACCAGCACUGCGCCUACUAUGAUCAAAAUGGAAGUGAAUGGUCACAGCAAGCCGAUCUCAUUGGGCGAGGUUCCAUCGCUUCCAGCUGGAAUCCAGGUUCCUGCUGCACCACAGACAGUGAUGAGUCCUAGCAUCACUCCUAUGCUGGCACCCCCACCACGUCGAACUCCAAAACAACACAACUGUCAGUCAUGUGGGAAGACCUUCUCCUCAGCAAGUGCCCUACAGAUACAUGAACGCACCCAUACUGGUGAAAAGCCAUUUGGUUGCACUAUCUGUGGUAGAGCUUUUACCACAAAAGGGAAUCUUAAGGUUCACAUGGGAACUCAUAUGUGGAAUAAUGCUCCUGCACGGCGUGGGCGUCGGCUGUCUGUGGAAAAUCCCAUGGCUUUGUUAGGUGGGGAUGCUUUGAAGUUUUCAGAAAUGUUCCAAAAGGAUUUAGCAGCUCGGGCAAUGAAUGUUGACCCAAAUUUUUGGAACCAGUAUGCUGCAGCUAUUACUAAUGGACUUGCUAUGAAGAACAAUGAAAUUUCUGUCAUACAGAACGGAGGCAUUCCCCAGCUCCCAGUAAGUUUAGGCGGAAGUGCCAUUCCGUCUUUAAGUAACGUUUCCAGUGGAAUGGACAAAGCUCGUACUGGUAGUAGCCCUCCCAUCAUUGGUUUGGACAAAGCGAGUUCUGAAACAGGAGCCAGUCGUCCAUUCACGAGGUUUAUUGAGGAUAAUAAAGAGAUUGGCAUAAAUUAAAAGAAUUCAGUACAAAUAACUGUUGGACCACUGCUCAAAUACAACAUUUGUUCUUUCAUGUACAGUUUGGGGAACUAAACUUUAGUUUUGUGGCCUAAUUGCCUAGAUAACUCUUACGAUUUAUCAAUAGCAGAAAUACAUAACUUUGUGUCUGCUGAAAAGUUGUCUCGCAAGAUUUGCAUGGUACUACUUCAACAGUGAGCUGACCAUUAGUGAGAACUUACGAACCUUUUUAAUUUAAGCAAAUGAUAAAUCAUUGGAUAAUUCAAUUAGGUACUGAAUGAAGCCAAAUUGUUUCAAAUUUUGUUGCAAAGCAAAGCAAAGAUGCCACCAGUUGAGUAAAAGUGGGCUUCACAAUGGCAUUUCAGUCCAGCUCUAUCUUUGCUGAUUUUCUUCUACUCAACUAGAAACUUGAACUGUUUUUAGAAUUCUUCUAACAUUCAAUAAGUGAUUUAGUACCCUAAUGCUGUCUAAGAUUACAGUAUUCUUGUCUGUAGUAUUUAUAAUGUAAAGAUAAUGCGGGUAACAGACAAUAUACUAGCCCCAUUCUUAAAUGAAGCUUUUGUAUGGCAAAAUACACCUGGCUAUGUGACUUCUUUUUUUAAAGCAAGUUUUGUUUUACUAUAAAUAAGUGGUUUAUUUUGAUGCAGGCAAAAUUGUGAAGUUUUAUUGGGAAAGAUAGCAUGCUUUCAAUGUGCAAGUACCUGUCAGUAACAAACCAUUUUAAUUUAAAUCUUUGUAGCUGCUAUGUGGACAGUUGUUCUCUUAAAUGGAAAAAGUGUAGUGUGAACUUCAGUUCAUAGUUGGAAAAACAAGUUACAGACAAACCUUAUUACAGUAGAUUAUUCACAAUACUAUAAGCAGUUGUGAAUAAAACACUUCAUGUUAUCAAAGGCUGUACAAUAAAAGGCAGUGUUUGUAUAAUGUGGUUGCAAACUCUUAAUUUAUACUAUUGCACUUUUAGUAUUUUAUAUUUAGGGAGGUUUGUCUAUAAUUUGAAUCUGAACAAAGAUGUAAACUAUUUUAUAAAUAGUACUUUGGCUUGAGGAAAAAUGGGAGAAGGGUUUGUUGUGUUUGUCUUUAAGGUCAAACAGUAUGAAAGAUCUGUGCUCCUUUUAAUAAAAAAAAACUGCUAAGAACUGUCAGAUUCUUGGAUAUAGUGGGGCCUGCCAUUUCUUAGACCAAAAUGAUUCAUUUAACUUUUUUGUAAGCCCACCCUCCAACAGACCUUUGAUAUGUUAAUCUUAGGGCUGUGAUAUCAGUGCAAGUCUAAGAGAGGGUAAAGAAAACAUUGUGUAGGCUUAAUUUUGCUGUAAUCGGUUCUGUCUCUUUCACUCCCACCCACAAACUCUAUGCUGACUGCUUAAUAGCACUGGUAUGUAAAGCAAAACAGAAAAAAAACAUUCUAAAAACAUUACGCAAAUUCCCAAUCUGUUUUAUUUAAUAUUCUAAGAUUUACUACAAAGCACAAUGUACUCUGAAUACGCUAAUAUAAUUUUCAUGUGUUUAAAGCAUUGUUUAAAAUUGUGACUAAAGGGAAUGUUUCCACUCUGAACUAGGGUGCUGGUGAGGCUUGGGGCAUAAUCAAAACUUGAACAGUAAAUGUUUUGUGUACUACCUCAUUUUUGUGCAUUACAAGCAUGGUGGAAUCUGACAGUAGGAUCCUCCGUUCAAGAAAAUUGUUCAAGGGACAUUAUGGGUAGCUGGGAAACAGCACACAAUGUUUAUGCCCCUGAAGAAAGAAUCAGACAGUGAGGUCUUCUCAGUUGUGACUGGAAAAAAAAAUAGGACAAUCUCUUUUUUGUGCAACCACAACAAAACAUUACUAUAAGAGGAUGGACUGUUUCUGCCAUCAUAUCACUGAAUGGAAAGUUUAAAAGACUUACUAGUGGUUUGUUACUAUUUUGAAAUGAACAAUGAAUUAUUACAGCUCUGUUUUCUACAGCAAUGAUAGAUAAAAUAUAAAUAUGGACAUGUACAUAUUAUUAAAUAUGUAUGUGGGGUGUAUGUGUGGGUGUGCGUAGACAUACCACACACCGAUACACACACACAUCUGUACAUUAAAACACAUUCUAUUAUCAAUGAUUGAGCAACAUUUGUGUUUGGGGUGAUUCAAAAUUGGAAAACAAAGAAAACUGAGGUUGCUUAGUGUUGCUGUUUUUUCAGCAAAUGAAUGUUUUUAUUUAUCUGUGUCCAUUCCUGGUGUGCUUUAUUUUUUAGUGUUUGGUACCAUGUAGUGUUAUUUCUUUUCCCUAAAGGAUGUGCAUAUCUUAAAAAGAGAUGUAAAGUGUUGUAAAUAAGAUGGCUGAUGAAGGUACAGUAAGACUGACCCCACUUUGUAUUCAGGGUUAGGUUCUUCCUCUCUGCAUGGUGAAGAGAGACACUUAUUUUUAUACUGUGAUACCAUGUAGGGCUAGGAGCCUCCCUGAAUUGUUGGGAAUUGUUACCUAGAUCCAAUAUUUUUUAUUAUUAAAUCUGUUGGCUCGACACAUCUGAUUGAAAUGGAUGUCUUAGUCUAGGUUACUAUUUUUGUCACAUGAAAUUGAAUAAAAUGCAGGAUGUAAUAUUAUUUAUGAAUUGUGUUCCAUGCUUAUUCACUAAUAGGAUGAGGUACAGGAGUGAGACUUCCCACAGCUCUGCAGUUAAAAGGCUCAGCACCUUGUAUUCACGUUCAGGACCUAUUUUCACAUAUGCCUAGUACUGAGAAGCUACUUCUUCAGUUAAAAAAAAACAAAACUCCUACGAAUUUACCAUAUCAGCAAUGGAAAAAAAAAGCUGUAUCAAAAAUGACAAUGCUUUAUAAAACAGUUUUUUAUAGCUAACUACCUUGGAAGUAAUCAUUCUAUUAAAUUCAAUUUAUGCAAACUGCAAUGCAUACUCUGAAUGGCUUUGAUCUGGUAAUUUCAUGAUGCACCAUUGAACUAUUUUUUGCAGUUUUUAUGUCCCUUCAGAGAUGCUGAAGGAAAAAUGGCAAGAAAACUUGAAAGGUGUUGUGUCAUGAAUAUAUUCCAGUGGGUAAUUGAAACACAGCUUUAUGAUAAGUAGAGAUAUACUCUCUAGCAAGUGAAUUGGCCAUGAAUCUGGUUGGAUGCAAAGAUGUAUUACUAAAAUAGAUCAGUCGUAGUUGCUUCAGACUAUGACACUGUAAUAAAUCUUCUUGAACUAACAGAGUAAUUAAGCAGCUUUAGUUUCAUAAGCAUCUAUUUGAAGCUGUGAUGUCAAAAUGGCGUAUGUAUUGGGAAAUGACAAUAUUACUGUACGUAACUGUAGUGUGACAUCUGAUGCAGGAACAAAAGUUGUGUUACUUACCUGGUAAUGUUGGAAACAUUUCUUUUUCUCCCACAGAAACCCAUGUGUAGCAACUUUUAGGGUGUAACACUGACAAAAUAUAUUUUGUAUCUAGAAAGCUUACCUUAUAAGAAAUAUAUCGAAAUAUAUUUGUCAUAUAGAUAGGGAAAUGCCUGAAAUGGCUUUAUAUUUAUGGCACAAAAGUGUAUG